GCUCAACGGUCGGAGUCUGCGCAGUAGGCGCAGCGCUGAAAUUUGAAAUUUGAACAGAUGUUGUUUUGUGCGAGAGAAGAGAAGAGGAACCGAGGGAAGAGGAGCUGAGAGUCGCUUCAGCUCGGCCUGUGUGCGCACAUAGAGGUUGAACUCCCGCUCGACACAGGAUACAUCUUUCCAAAAUGGAUCCUUUUACUGAGAAACUUUUGGAGCGGACUCGGGCUCGCAGAGAAAACCUCCAGAAGAAAAUGGCAGAUAGACCAAAUGCAGCAAACAGACCGAUAGUAAAAAGGCCCAGAGAGCCAUUAGCAGACUCCAACAGUGUGAUCAGUGAGCCAGUCACUGAUAAAGCUCCACAGGCAUCCAGCAAGCCGUCUCCCUCAAAGCGCCUGUGUUCAGGGGAAUAUGUCCAGCCUGCAGCUGGUGAGGAGAACCAAGAGCCGACGAUGAUGCGACCUGUGGCUCAGAUGGUGUCAGAUCCUCCCACAGACAAGAAACCUCCAGUCAUGCCAGGCUGCAGACAAUCCUCCUCCCUGGAAAGGACUGCUACCCGACCUGAUGUUCAGUCUCAGCCAGGGCAGCUGAAAACUGUACAGCCAGAGCCAGAGAAGAUGGCCGUCACCACCGCCUCUCAUAAUCAGAGUGACAAAAAGACAGAGAUGGUAGCUGCUAGUCCGGCCCCCCAGAGUUCCAAGGAGAACCUGGUGGAAGAUUCAGGUCCAUGUGCUGCUGGCAUGAAGUCACGUCUACAGAGGCUAGCUGAGCAAAGAAAGUGUUGGGAUGGCAAUAGCACCUCUGAUCCACUUCCAGACUGUGCUCCUCUGUCCCUGCUGAAGAGACCAGCAGAGGUCCAACCAGCUGCCGUCCCAUCCGUGUCUACAGGAACUCCAGUAGGGAGGAAAGGCAGAUUGGCCAAUCUCGCUGCCACCAUUGGAUCCUGGGAAGAUGACCUAAGCCAUGCUAACAUCACCAAAGAGAAUACAGAAGAAAAGCCGGGCAAAGCUGUUCCCAAGUCAGCUGUCAGAGAUGCCACAGUGGCUGCAAGCCCAAAGCCAAGUGUAGCUAAAGGCUAUUCAGCUGCAAGCAGCAAGUCUACAUCCAGCUAUAAUCAGCAGGCUGUGUAUUCUCCUGUCAAGCCGAACCGACCGUUUCCCCCAAGCCCUCAGAAAGAUGACGUCCCUGCUGCCAGACCAGUACUCCAGUCAGUGACCAGUCCUCAAAAGAGUUCCAACCAGGGUAUGACCUCCAUGUCUAGUCCUCAGAAGAGCUACAACCACGGCAUGGCCUUCCCGUCCAGUCCCCAGAAGGCCGGCCCCUCCUCCACAGCAUCUGUGCCCUCAAGCCCCCUGAAGAGUCAGGUCCCUUCCAGGGGCCUCAACCUCACUGCCAGCCCCCAAAAGCCAGAGCUCCGUGCCAAGCCUGCCAUUGUUGGCCCCUCUGUCCCCCAGGAAAAGACCAAUGCUGGAGGUCCUGUUGUAAAAUCUUUCCUGGAGCGCUUUGGAGAGAGGUGCCAGGAGCGUAACAACCCGAGUUCUCCAGUAGGGGGCACUAUCCAGACCAAGACUCCCACUGUAACUCCUUCAGUCACACCAAACACCAGACUGGUACAGGAGAGACUCAAAGCUGCCCAGGCUGCAAACACAACCACUGCUGAUCUCACCCAGAAACAGAGGAUGGAGCGCGAAUCUGAGCUGGCUAAGAUUCGCAGUCGCUUCCAGAAGGGAAACAACAUGUGGAAGAACAAAGAUGAAGCAACAGAAACCAAGAUGAACACAGAUAUUAAGGAACAGGUUGUCACACCAGUGGAGAGUGAAGUGGCCCCAUGUGAGCCACAGGAUGAAUUCACACCAUCCAUCUCUACCAAGACACCAGGUGCGCCCACCACACGCACUCCUGCAGCAGGUCCUGUGUUGGCGGUCUCACCUCCAGCACUGACAUCCAGCCCUCUGAGGAUUGGUUAUACGGAAGAGAAAGCAACUGAUGAAACACCAGAAAAUGAGGAGGUGGUCACGGAGAUAGAGAUGAACGUGGACCAGUCCAUCAACUCUGCAGUUAUCAAUGAUCUGUUUGAUGGAGUUCUGGAUCAGAGUGAGGACGACGAGGACGACGAAGAAGACGCUUUGAAUAUCUCCUCCAUGUCCCUCCUCACCCCACUGGCAGAGACUGUGGCUGCCGUGGUGAGGAGUCCAGAGAGGAAAAUGAUGACGUCAACUCCGGCCAGUUCAUUCAUUGUGAAGUCUCCAGAGAGUGACUCCAAACCUAGCAAGUUUCAGAGGGCUAAUAUACGGCCUGGCUCCUCAGAUAGUGUUGAGGCCCCAGAUGAAGACCACAAACUACCAUAUAGCAUCAGUGCGUACAGGUCCACCAGAGUAAAGGAGACAGAGAGACCACAUAUGAAGCAGGUCAUUGUGAGAAAAGAGGAUGUUUCUCACAGAGCAGAAGAACCCAGAGGAUCUGCUCCCUUCAGUGUCAAACAGAAAAUAAAGAUUUUGACGAAUGAGAUGAACCUGCAGCAGACAGUUAUUCAUCAGGCCAGUCAAGCACUCAACUGCUGCACAGAUGAGGAGCAUGGAAAAGGAUCCCAGGUGGAGGCUGAGGCAGAGAGGCUGGUGCUGGUGGCAAUGGAGAGGAGGGAAGCGCUGAAGACAGAGCUGGACCGUCUGAAAGGAGGUGCAGCGGGGCAGAAAAAGACUCCUGCGGCCCCAGAAUCCACCAACAUGUCUGCCUCCAGAGGCUCCAUCACCCUGCAGGAAUUGCGUCUGCCUCUUAAGGCAGACUUUGUUUGCUCCAUUGCCAACAAGCCAGAUUCAACCAAACAUUCCUUCUUCAUCAUGAUUCGGGCUGGAGCCGAGAACAAUGUGGCCACUCCGUUGGCCAGCACACAUCGUGGCCUCAGUGGAGACACCCUCACCUUCCCUACAAAGUUCACCAUAUCUGAUGUCUCCAGUGACUUUGUCAUUGAUAUUCAGGUCUAUUGCCUAGUGCAGAAACGUGAUGUCUGCAGUGACAAGAAGAAGAAACCCAGCAAAUCAAAGGCUAUCACUCCAAAGAGACUCCUCGGCAUCACGAAAAGUGUGCAGACACCAGUUUUGGCAAGUCCCGGAGGCCCCAACGCUGUUCGCACCAGUAACUUCGUCCUCGUUGGGUCACACAAGCUCACUCUGUCGUCAAUUGGAAAAAUCAAAUUUCCUUUGGAGAAGAUCAAAUAUGAAGGAUGUGAAAGAGAACUACUCAGUGACAUGUUUCAUACCAAGGUGCCGUUCUUGUGCCCCCUGGAGGGCCACAUCUACCUCAAGAUGCAGUGUGAAGUUGGCUCAAAGGUGGAGGAGAGGGGCUUCCUGACAAUGUUUGAAGAUGUUAGUGGAUUUGGAGCCUGGCACAGGAGGUGGUGUGUCCUAUCAGGAUACUACAUCUCCUACUGGACCUACCCAGAUGAUGAAAAGUGCAAGAAUCCGAUUGGUCGUAUCAACCUGGCUAACUGCACAAGUAAGAGAGUAGAACCAGUCAACAGGGAGUUUUGUGCCAGACCAAACACGUUUGAGCUCAUCACAGUCAGACCACAGAAAGAAGAUGACAAAGAGACACUUGUCAGUCAGUGCAAGAAUACCAUGUGUGUCACCACAAACUGGCUGAGUGCUGACACCAAGGACGAGAGGAAUCUGUGGAUGAAGAAGCUGAAUCAGAUUGUGGUGGAUCUGCGUAUGUGGCAGCCAGACGCCUGUUACAGGCCUCUGUGAUUACCACACUUUGUCACAACCAGCCUUUCAUCUUUGGACUGACGCAUGCAAUUACUGAGUGCAAUACAGUAUGAGGAUUGUCAAAUAUUUUUUAUUUGUGGAUAUUUUACAGGACCUCAAACACAAGUUCAUAGGAGAGUAAAUAAAGCCAUAUGUUAGGAACAUUUCAGGGCAGUAUUUUGUGCAUGUGUCUGGGUUUGACAACAUAUUUUUUUACAUUUACAGACUGAUUUGACACUCGCUUCUUGGGUAUUGUUGAGUCACCAGCUUUUCAUGUUAAUGCCACUACUAGGUGUUGUGUAGCAUGAUGUGUGGCUUUAACUCAAUUGGUUUUAUUGCCGUAUUUGAUAUUCUGUAUAAAAGGUGUUGAAAAUAUAGAUGAAUGCUAAUUUGAAGCACCACAGUUUUAUCACUGAAUUUUCAUUCUAUUUUAUCUUGCAUGGCAGCACAGAACAUUGCUAAUAAUUUUGUUAAGGUUUAACUUUAUAUAUUAGAUUUUAUACAUAACUAGUGGCAGGACUUUUAAAUGUGUUUCUUCAUUUUCAUGCACAGAUGUUUGAUACCGUUUAUACCCACGCUUUCAAUCUGUCUGCACUGUUUUAUCAGUGUUUGUGUAGAAGUUUGUAUUGGGUUUAAUAUCUGUUACAUAUUCUGCUCUUGAGCUUGUCCAACACUAAUUUAAGGCCAAAACAAACAAUUUGUCAGUUUAAAAAGCUUCAUAAUGGCUAUUUUGUUGAAUAUAAAAUAGAUUACAGUUGUAACUGCUCUUUAGCAUACACUUAAAUGUUUUUGGUUUCCUGUAUUACGGUUAAUUAUUUAUCAGCCAACAUUGAUUCUGAUAUAUUGCCUUCAAACUUUAUUCCAUGUUUUUUGUAAAAAAAAAAAAAAAGUAAAUGCAGCCAGACUAAGUUUCUGAGUUCCACUCCUCGUGUUGCUCAAAGAGAUUAUGUAACAGACUUUUCAGUGACCCCUCAGGUGUGUGAAAAUGUGUAUAAAGGUAUAAAAGACAAUGUUUUAUCAGCAUGUUGGUAUUGAAUACAAAUUUACUUAACCACACUGCUUUGUUUUUGAAUACCCUCUGUAAGUUUUCAUGUUGAGUGGGAGAGGGCUGUCAGUCUUGAGGUGGCCAGGUACAUAUGGAUCAAUCAAUAAAUUCCUGCUCUGACAAAAGCCAAUCCUGUUACUCGAGCCUGUUUCCCUUUUUAAAAAUAAUCUUAUGGAUAAACAAUAUUAAAAG